AUGGCUAAAUAUUCGACUUUUAGCUUAGCUUGUGUUUUGCUAUACUUGAAUGACGUGGCAACAGCAGCUAGCAUCAACUCCUACAAUGGUCUAGGCCUUACUCCACAGAUGGGAUGGGACAAUUGGAACGCUUUUGCAUGCGAAGUCAAUGAAGAGCUUCUCUUGGGAACCUCCGAAAAGAUUGUGCAGCUGGGUCUUCGUGAUCUUGGAUACAAGUACGUUAUUCUUGAUGAUUGCUGGUCCAGCGGCAGAGCGGCAAAUGGAAGUUUGGUAGCAGACUCUAAGAAAUUUCCCAAUGGCAUGAAGCACGUUGCGGAUGAAUUGCAUGGCAAGGAUUUACUUUUUGGUAUGUACUCUUCAGCCGGUGAGUACACCUGUGGUGGCUAUCCUGGCUCCCUGGACCACGAAGACGCAGAUGCCACUAGUUUUGCUUCUUGGGAUGUUGAUUAUUUGAAAUACGAUAAUUGCUUCAACCGUGGUCAGUUUGGCACUCCGGAGACUUCAUUCAAGCGCUACAAGGCAAUGUCCGAUGCUUUGAACAAAACUGGAAGACCAAUCUUCUACUCAUUGUGCAAUUGGGGUCAAGAUCUCACUUCCUAUUGGGGAUCAGCGAUCAGCAAUUCCUGGAGAAUUAGCGGUGACAUUACUGCUUCUUUUGACCGUCCAGACAGCAGAUGCCCGUGUGAUGAAGACGACUAUGAUUGUAAGCUGCCGGGGUUUCACUGCUCUAUCAUGAAUAUACUCGGCAAAGCUGCUCCCAUGGGUCAAAACGCAGGUCCUGGUGGGUGGAAUGACUUGGAUUGCUUGGAAGUUGGUGUUGGGAGCUUGACAGAUGAUGAGGAAGUCGCACAUUUUUCUAUGUGGUCAAUUGUUAAGUCGCCGCUCGUUAUUGGAGCCGACGUCAACAAGUUGGAUUCUACAUCGUACUCAGUCUACGCUAACCCCGCCGUGAUUGCAAUUAAUCAAGAUCCCGCUGGAGUUCCUGCGACUAGAAUAUGGAGAAAACAAGUACCUCAAGUUGACGGUAAUGGAAAAGGAGAAAUCCAGCUAUGGAGCGGGCCACUCGACAAUGGUGACCAGGUAGUGGCUUUGCUUAACGGAGCUUCUAUUCCUAUGACUAUGACAGCUAAAGUGGAUGACAUUUUUAUCGAUAGUGAUGAAGUGUCCGUGUCUUCAUGGAUAGCUUACGAUCUAUGGGCCAACAGAUUGGCGAAUAGUACUGCUUCGAGCAUUGUCCAAGGUGGGAGUCUGGACUACAGCAAAUACUACAAUGCAACAGAAUUGCCUUACGCCAGUGGUUUAGCCAAAAAUGAUUCCCGUUUAUUGGGUCAGCCCGUUGCCAAUGUGUCUAUCAAGAGCCCUCUAUCUGCCUAUGUACCAGCACAUGGCGUUGCUUUGUACAGAUUGAAGAAAGCCUGA